AUAUGCACGCACUUAGCAAACACAUAUUCUCAUCAUAGAGUUAAUUACUUAACUUGGAGGGUUUUAGAGAGAAAUGGCUUCGUCUUGUUCUAGCUUUAUGAUCACUUUGGCCGUUUUGGUCCUUUUGUUGGGGACUAGUAGUGCCAAUGCCAAUCCAACACUUCACACAAACUUCUACUACAGUUCUUGCCCAAAACUCUUUGACACUGUGAAACGCACAGUGGAAUCGGCCAUAUCAAAGGAGACCCGCAUGGGUGCUUCUCUCCUACGUUUGUUCUUCCACGAUUGCUUUGUCAAUGGGUGUGAUGGGUCAAUUCUACUUGAUGACACAUCAAGCUUCACCGGAGAGAAAAACGCAGGACCUAACAGGAACUCUGCCCGUGGUUUUGAAGUGAUCGAUCAAAUUAAGUCAGCUGUGGAAAAAGUGUGUCCGGGUGUGGUCUCUUGCGCUGACAUCCUUGCCAUCGCUGCAAGAGACUCCGUUGAGAUCCUUGGAGGCCCAACUUGGGAUGUGAAACUUGGAAGAAGAGACUCCAGGACGGCAAGCCAAUCUGCUGCCAACAAUGACAUCCCAAGACCCACUUCAAACCUCAACCAACUUAUUUCCAGAUUUAAUGCUCUCGGACUUUCCACCAAAGACUUGGUCGCACUAUCUGGGGGUCACACAAUUGGACAAGCAAGGUGCACAACCUUUAGAGCCCGAAUCUACAACGAGACCAACAUAGAUAGCUCUUUUGCUCGCAUGAGACAAUCUAGGUGUCCCCGAACCUCAGGGUCAGGGGACAACAACCUAGCACCCAUUGACUUCGCCACUCCCAGGUUCUUUGACAACCACUACUUCAAGAACCUCAUUCAGAAGAAGGGCCUCAUCCAUUCCGACCAACAACUCUUCAAUGGUGGUUCCACUGACUCCAUAGUGCGUACCUACAGCACCAACCCGGCCUCCUUUUUCGCCGAUUUCUCCGCCGCCAUGAUCCGGAUGGGAGACAUUAGUCCCCUCACCGGCUCCCGCGGAGAAAUAAGAGAGAACUGCCGGAGGGUCAACUAAUUGAAUUGUUAAGACACCUACACAUAAUUGGAUAUCAAUGCAUGUGUGUAUAAUAAGUUGUUAAACGAGAGUUUUGAUUUCAUUUCUAUGUUGUCACUUUGUGUGCUACCAGUUAAGUGUACGUGCAUUGUUCUAUUUCGUUAAUUUAAUUUGCUUCUAUGUGCUGAUGUUGAAGUUGAGGGCCUUUGAUGUACAAGUUCCCUUGUGACUUUCCUUUUACAAUUAUAAUUAAUAUUUAUUAUUCCACUCC